CCUUUUCUUUCUUUCUUUUUUUAAUCCUUCCCCCUUUUUCCUCCCCCCCUUUCCCCUUCUUCUCUCCCUCCCCUCCCCUCUGUCCUUGCAAAAUUGCUGCUGGUGGGGUAAGUCAGGAGGAAAAUGCCGCAACUAAAUGGCGGUGGAGGGGACGAUUUGGGGGCGAACGAUGAAUUGAUCUCUUUUAAAGACGAAGGGGAGCAAGAAGAGAAGAUCUCGGAGAACUCGUCGGCGGAGAGGGAUUUAGCCGAUGUCAAAUCGUCGCUAGUCAAUGAAACAGAAACGAAUCAAAACAGCUCUUCAGACUCGGAGGCGGAGAGGCGGCCCCCGCCUAGGUCCGAAAGUUUCAGAGAUAAAUCCAGAGAAAGUUUAGAGGAAGCUGCGAAAAGGCAAGAUGGAGGGUUGUUUAAGGGCCCACCAUAUCCUGGGUAUCCCUUUAUAAUGAUCCCCGACCUGACCGGCCCCUACCUUCCCAAUGGCUCCCUCUCGCCCACAGCAAGAACGUACCUGCAGAUGAAAUGGCCACUGCUUGAUGUUCAGGCAGGGAGCCUACAGAGUAGGCAAGCCCUCAAGGAUGCUAGGUCUCCAUCUCCAGCACACAUUGUUUUACAGACCGAUCCUAGCCAUGUUUACUUGGAAGCAAGUCGCCCUGAGUUUGUUGGAACUUGUUUCCUGUCUAACAAAGUCCCAGUUGUGCAGCACCCACACCAUGUACAUCCUCUCACGCCGCUUAUUACGUACAGCAAUGAGCACUUCACACCAGGGAAUCCUCCUCCACACUUACAAGCCGACGUAGAUCCGAAAACAGGAAUUCCACGGCCUCCGCACCCUCCAGAUAUAUCUCCUUAUUAUCCACUAUCACCGGGCACUGUAGGGCAAAUCCCCCAUCCGCUAGGAUGGUUAGUACCACAGCAAGGUCAACCAGUCUAUCCAAUCACAACAGGGGGAUUCCGACAUCCCUACCCAACCGCUCUGACUGUCAAUGCUUCCAUGUCAAGCUUUCUCUCCUCUAGGUUCCCUCCACACAUGGUCCCUCCACAUCAUAGUUUACAUACGACUGGGAUCCCUCAUCCGGCCAUAGUCACCCCAACAGUCAAACAGGAAUCUUCCCAGAAUGAUGUCGGCUCACUCCACAGCUCAAAACAUCAGGACUCCAAAAAAGAAGAGGAGAAAAAGAAGCCACACAUAAAGAAACCUCUUAAUGCAUUUAUGUUGUAUAUGAAGGAAAUGAGAGCAAAAGUUGUAGCAGAAUGCACAUUGAAAGAGAGUGCAGCCAUCAAUCAAAUCCUUGGUCGAAGGUGGCAUGCAUUAUCCAGAGAAGAACAAGCUAAAUAUUAUGAACUAGCCAGAAAGGAACGACAGCUCCACAUGCAGCUUUACCCCGGCUGGUCCGCACGGGAUAACUAUGUAGGUGGCUAUGGCAAAAAGAAGAAAAGGAAAAGGGACAAACAGCCAGGAGAGACCAAUGAACACAGCGAAUGUUUCCUAAAUCCUUGCCUUUCACUUCCUCCGAUUACAGAUGCAAAUACUCCAAAGAAGUGUCGGGCAUUGUUCGGGCUUGACCGACAGAGUUUAUGGUGCAAACCGUGCAGGAGAAAAAAAAAGUGCGUUCGCUACAUACAAGGUGAAGGCAGCUGCGUCAGCCCACCCUCUUCAGAUGGAAGCCUACUAGACUCUCCACCGUCUUCUCCCAACAUGCUAGCCUCCCCCACAAGAGACUCAAAACCACAGACUGAACAAACCCAACCUCUCUCGCUCACAUUGAAACCCGACCCACUCUCACACCUCUCGAUGAUGCCGCCCCCGCCGUCCUCCAUAGCCCUGACUGAAAGCUCCACUAGCAAAUCCAGCGGUCUGCCUGCUAGUAAUUGUCAGAACGGGGCACUGGACCAUCAGUCUGCCACUUUACCGCAGUCCGCGCCGUCCUCCUCUUCGCUAGCGCAACCCUCGACAUCCUCCUUGCAUUCCCAUAAUUCUUUGGCUGGGACACAACCUCAGCCACUGUCACUCGUCACCAAGUCUUUAGAAUAGCUUUAGCCUCUUGUAGCCGUUUUUAAAUUUUAUUUCAUUUCUUUUUGUGUCAAGAUUUCUCCCCUCCCCCCUUCUUUUUCCGUUUAUAUAUUUUUUAAAAAUUUGUGCCAUAUGGCUGGCUACAUUAGUUGAUGUGUAUCGAGUUCAUUGGUCAAUAUUUGACCCAUCCUUAUUUCAAUUUUUUUUCCUUUUUAAAUAUGUAGAUGGAGAAAAAAAAGCCUCAUGAUUCUGCCAAAAUUUUUAUCAACAGCUGUUUAAAGUCUUUGUAGCGUUUAAAAUAUAUAUAUAUAUAAAUAUAUAUAUACAUAACUGUUAUGUAGUUCCAAUAGCUUAGUUUCAAAGACUGAUUUUAAAAAUGAAAAAAAGAAGCAAUUUUGAAGCAGCCCUUGCCGAAGGCGUUGGUUCUUUAUUAUUUGUAUUAAAUACGAGCUUGCGAACCAAUCAUUUUACAUCUGGUUUUUAAAACUUUUUAAGGGCACAAUGAAUGCAGUGCCGCUAUUUUUUCCCCGUUUUUUUUCCCUUUGUGUGAUAUAACUUUCCUUGUGAUGUUACUUGUUAUUGUUUAAAUGUACAGAAACAAAGGGUUAAAAUGUGUUAAUAUACCUUGUUCCAUGGUGUUGUUCUUUUUUGGGGGAGGGAACGCUACUCAACAAUUAAAAAGUAUCACAACGCUAUUGGACCAGUAGUAUUUAUUGCUUUAGAGAUUGCUUGUUGUAUCUGUAUGUUUGUCCAUUUUUUAAAAGAAAUGCUUUCCUUUCUUUUUUUCCCCUUGAAACAUUGUGUAAAGGUCUUCUUUUCCCCCCUUAGUGUAAGCAACAUAUAUAUAACAACUCAUUUGUACAAGGUUUUUAAGUUUAUAUAUAAAUGUGUAUAUAUAUAUUUUUGUUGGCUUCUUUUUUUUAUUUUGUUUUAAAUUCUUCCUUUUUUCUGUCACACAGUUGCCACCAAAUGGACAUUUGCAGAUGGAUCAAUAGUGUAAAAAAAAAAAAAAAAGCUUUAAAAGCCAUUACAUGAAAUAAGACUUGAAAAUUUAGCACGGGACUUUUUAUCAGUGCUGUUGGAAAAACAGCAGAGUUUCCCAUUCAGAACUGCAGAUGACUUCCCCUGCCACUUGUAGGCUGUGAGCAAAAAAUUUUAUGUGCCAAAAUUCUCAGUGAUUUUCUCCUUUCCCAACAAUUUUUAUGCUGUAUUUUUUUUUUUUGUUCAUCCUGUUUUGCUGUGAUGUUACAUAGGUAGAUAUGUAUGUAGUUUUUAAUGUCACCUAUUACAGACGUGUUUGGUAGCAGAUUGUCCAGAAAGCAUUUUAAAAUGAAGAGGUAUAAACCCUAAAGGGCCAAAUUCUGUAUAUUAGAUUAUUCAUAAAAUGAAAAAUCAGACUGCCACUUUUAUGUACACUUACUACAUACAGGUAGGUAGCAAACUUUUAAAAAAAAACCUAGGCAUGUUGAUGUUGCAAAUUUUUUAAAAGAAGAUAAAUGCUGUAUAAAGCUGAAAAAAAAUGUUCAUCUGUUCAUCCAGUGCCAUUGUAGUUGACAUGAAGCGAUUGUAAAACUGUCUCCAGUUUUCUUCUCUGGUUUAUUAAGAUGCUAACUAUGACAUUUUUUGUGAAUCCUUUGAAUGUUUCCUAACAGUUGUGAUGUUACUGUUCCGUUUUAUUGCUCUUAUUCCGAUUUUUCAUUUCUAAUGGUUUGGAAGCCAUUUUUGUAAUGAAUAAAUGUCCAUGCUGUACAGUAUCUGUAGCAUGCAGUUCUGGAUUAAUAAAAGCAACUUAGUACGUGCAGAUGGACUUGCAGCUCAUUUACCUAGAGGUUUUAUUUAACCCCCAGCACCUCCGCCAAGAAGGCUUUUGACAGGAUGUGUUUUUAUCUGUUUCAGGAAAAGCAGCUUUAAAAAAUGCUGAAUAAACCAACAUAGAGGUUGGGCAGGUUGCUAAGUAUUUUGUGACUGCCUAGGCCUGAGGUUAUUUUAUAAUGUUUCAGAUCAGAGGAGCAUAGGAUUGACUCAAGGCCAUUUGGACACUGUGUUUAUUCACCAAACACAGAUAGGUAAUAUUCACUGAGAGAUUGUGUCUCACCCAAAAUACACAAUCUGAACUAAAUUUGGAUACUUUAGCCUCUAGGUCUGGAGCAGCCAACUUAUGUUCUCAUCUUUGCCACUGGCCGUGCAACAACCUCUGGAGGGCAUCCAUGGUGGUUCUCUCUGCUCCAGACUAAGCAUAGGGAAACCAUAAUCUGAAAAGGGGUAGAGCUUCUGUUGCUGUAGGAGAUCUGAAGAGAACCCAGUUGCCUCUUGGCAGGUUUCAAGAAGCAUCUUAGAGGGAAAGCACAACCACACCUAGGAUCCCGCUUUCCACAGUUCCAUGCAAACAAAAGAACAAAAAAGGGAGACGUGUAAGCUUCAGAUGAACAUGGAGCUUACGUAUAUCUUAGAUGGAGUAGAGAGUUCCCUUUUAUUAUAUUACAAGGAGCAGCAGAAAGUAAGUGAGAGAAAACAUGCUGAGAUGCUCUUCAGUGCUUCUUGAAAUGUACAUAAUAUCCCGCAAUGUUGCAAGGAUAUGGAAAAAAUGAUAAUGCCAUUCUACUCCUCCGUACAGCUCUUGAAAAGAAGUCCAUCAGGAAUCCUGUCUCUCUUUUUUUGAAAUUUGGACACCCUUUUCACCCACAGUUCUUCCCCACUGCAGUAAAUUCUGUUGUCAAAAACUUGGAGCAAAUAUCUCUCUCCCAUCUUUGCAGACAAGAUCAUCUCUAGAAUUCCGCUGCCAUUCAUUUGAGGAUUUUAAUUAUUGGUACAACCAUACGUCUUCCUAUGUCUGUUGAAUGGAAUCUCCAGCUUCCCUUCUCUGCAAGGACAGAAUGCAUUUGAAGCACAUACAGUGCUAAGAAUUAUUGCAGCCAGGAAUUUGUAGAUACUUAGUAGGCUCAAUUCAGCUUACAUUGUGUGCAUUUCAAUUCUUCUGACACAUGCUUUCCCAUCAACUAAAACUCAUGUGGCUCCUCAGUUCUAAGAGCUUCCCAACUUUGGACACUGUUGUUUGGAGAACAGCACACAUUUGAAUAAUGUACAUAUCCUUUACUUGGCAGUAUGUUGUGUUUUCUUCUUAAUGUUGCAUUAUCUGCAUGACAUUAUUUUCUCAAUAAAAAGGAUUACUGUA